GGAGAGGCCAGUUUCCAGUUGCAGUCAACGACCCCAAUCAAAUAUGAAACACCUGUCAUUUUCAAAACUUUAAAACACGGUUUAAAAUUACUUCCGACGGGCCAAAAGAGGAAAAGGGGGAACAAAAGGUCGGGAACAGGGAGAAUUGCCGGUCCGAGGUUUCCCGUAUUCCGAUCAAAUGGCGAUACUGUACGCGCUUGUGGCCAGGGGUUCGGUGAUAUUGGCGGAAUUCAGCGCGACUUCCACCAAUGCUAGCUCCAUAGCCAGGCAGAUCCUGGACAAAAUCCCCGGCAACAACGACACUAACGUUUCUUAUUCCCAAGAUCGCUAUAUUUUCCACGUCAAGCGCACCGAUGGCCUCACCGUUCUCUGUAUGGCCGACGAAACCGCCGGAAGGAGGAUCCCUUUCGCUUUCCUUGAAGAAAUUCAUCAGAGGUUUGUGAGGACUUAUGGCAGGGCUGUGUUGUCAGCUCAAGCUUACGCCAUGAAUGAUGAAUUUUCCAGAGUUCUUAGCCAGCAGAUGGAAUACUACUCAAACGAUCCAAAUGCAGACAGGAUAAACCGCCUCAAAGGUGAAAUGAGUCAGGUACGCAAUGUUAUGAUAGAGAAUAUUGACAAAGUUUUGGAGAGAGGUGAUCGAUUGGAAUUGCUAGUUGAUAAAACCGCAAACAUGCAAGGAAACACUUUCCGUUUCAGGAAGCAAGCUCGGAGAUUUCGAAGCACCGUGUGGUGGAGAAACGUCAAGCUCACGUAUGUGUCCCUGGACUAAAUUUUGUUUUUCGUUUUUUUGUUUCUUGUGGUUAUUGAAGCAAAGUUAUAAGCUUUCGUAUUGGAAGAUACAUCUCUGCCUUUUUUCUCUGGGAGGGUCAACCGCGUCUAUAUUUGCAGAUUAUCAGGGUUUUUUUUUAUUGGGAUGGCAGUUGUUUGUUUGGGCUGCAUAUUUCAGAACUAUUUCACUUCCGUGAUUAGAUUUUAACGUUAAGAACAACUUCAUUGAUUCCUCACUGAUUUGUUCUGUCAUGGAGUAAUAUUUUUCUGUCCUUCAGGAGGACCAUUGUUAUAGUGGUCUGUGAAUCCCACAAUCUAGAUUAUAGACAACAUACUGGUCUUGAUACCUGCCCACUGAUGAAUCCUUAUUCUCCCGGUGGGUGGCGAUGGGGGCUGUUGUUGACACCAUUCUUGAUCUUCAGAAUGACCACCUAUAUUCUUCAAGCCAUAAACUUUAUAUAGAUCACAAACAUUUUCUGCUCUUUAGUUGUUACCAUACGAAAUUCUAUUGAUUUUAUUUAUUUAUUUUUUGCAGAGUUGCUCUUAUCGUUCUCCUCCUUGUGAUAGUUUACGCUGUUUUGGCUUUUGUCUGUCAUGGGCUGACACUUCCUUCUUGUCUGAAGUGAAAACUACAUCAUUACUGGAGAAAUCUUGUUUCCUUUUCUGGGAUGUUCAUCUUGGCUGGCUCAGUUUCUCCAAUACAUGUUGCAAAAUCUGGUUGUGAGAAUGUCUUCCACUUGCGUAUUAUGAUCGUUCCUAAUACGCCAAUGUAAUUUAAUCAGGGCACAACUGCUUCUUGUACCUGGUUUGACUUGCUGCAGUUACUAAGGUUUUAAAAGCAUAAUUUAUUCUUUUGGUAAUUCUCCAGAUGUACCUUUUUGGUGUAGAAAUAUGAGUUGUGUUGUGCAGGAGAAAUGGAGUUGUGUUUUGAGUGACAAUUCAAUCAUGAUGGUUGCAAGUUUGGAGGGAAUUUGCAAUGUUUUGUUGCUGUAUCUUGUUGAUGAGCCCACGUACACAUUCCUGGAUCUUCUUCCUAGUGUUGAAUUGUGAAAGAUUGAUGAAACUUGAGGAACAUCAGUAUUGUUUUUAUAUUAAAAAAUUCACAAUAUUUGGACUAGCAUUGUGAAAUUGGUGAUUGAUUUGGAAUUGAAAAGAGUCUUGUGCAAAAAGAAAAGGGAAGGUUGGGGUACAAAAGUCCCAUCUUCUAUAUAUUCUCACCUGAUGGAGAGUCUUUAGAUUUUUGAAGAUUGAUUACUGAGUAAUGUACCCAAAUUCAAUCUUUUAUCUGAUUAAGUUUCUCUUUUGCAAAAAAGGAAAAAGCUUAAGAUGCUUAAGCAUAGGGCUGGGAAUGCCAUUACCAGCAGUUCAGUCGACAAGCAUCUUGCUUAGUGGUGUACUUUUAAGAUUGACUAAAUCUUUCUCAAUUUUUUUUUGGUAUAUAAAAGGAGAGUGUUUUUUUUUUUUUUAUCAUCAA